AUGCUGCGCAGCAGUAGUAGCCUUCGACGUGGCGUAUACCACAAUGCCCCGAGCGUGUAUCCAUUUGUAAAGCCUUUUCACGACACCCCGUACGACGAGGAUCGGGGUAGGCACGACGUUGCGGGAAGAAACUUGCGCAGGAACAGUUGGCCCGCGUGGAUGGAUAAUGGGGCGGAUGCCUCUGGAUACGGGAUAGGACUGCAUCGCGUGCAUCCUCUCUCAAAGUUGCGUGGUAACCUUAAAACUAGCCCCUCGCAUGUUCCGCGUGUGCUGAAUAUGAUGAUUCAAGGGGUUUGGCACAAAAGCGGGGUGAAGCUGUACUUUCGCGGUGGCAAACCCCCAAAUCCGAGCAGGCACCCGUACCUAACAGGAGAACCUUGCCCUGUGUACGGGUGGAGGGUGACUGAUGCGUCGGUUAUUAGACAGUUUAACAUGCCAAGCGUUGAUGUCAUGAAACUGCGAUACAAACCCUACGUUGCCUUGCAAGAGCGAAAAAUAAUGGGUACGAGCGCGCAUAAACCGGUUGAAACCCAACCACCAACGAAACCAACAGCAGCCAAACCACUGGUUAAGCGGCUCUUUUUCUGGCAGUGA